AUGCCGCCGCGCACCGAACGCAACGUCAACGUGGUGUUCACGCCGUCCGGCGGCCAGCACGAGCGGCGCGACGCGGCCGUGAUCCCGCUGAGCGGGUACGGCGGCGCGUCCGACGUGCAGAUCCACGUGAACGCGCGCGACCCGUCCGGCCGGCCUUGCCUCAGCCUGAACGCCGCCGGGCCGGGCGGCACGCGACUGGCCGGCUUCUCGAUCGCCAACAUCGGCCAGCGCGCCGCCUACAUCAAGCUGGUGGUGUUCUCAGACAUGGCGUGCGAGCGGCCGCUGCCGGCGCACCAGGCCACCGUGCACCCCAGCCAGUUCAUCCUGCGGCCGGGCGACACGCGCCAGCUGACGGCCGUCGUGCCGCCCGUGGCGCACGCGCAGGACGUGGGCGCCGUGCUGGUGCUGAGCGGCGACGAGACGCUGCGCCAGGAGCUUCGGCGCCGGCCGCCAGGGGCGGGGCCGUCGCACCACACGCCCGCCAACCUCCGCACCAUCAACUUCCAGGCGUCGUACGACGGCGAGGCGCCCGACGGCCAGGCCGCCGCCGCGCUCGGCGCCUCCGCCGCCCGCAUGGAGGAGCUCUUCUUCUCCAGCAUGAAGCAGACGAAGCUGCCGCUCAAGUACAUGCCGGCUCGGCCGCUCUCCGUGGCGUCGGAGCCCAAGCCGCACGACUUCUCCAGCCCGUACGACCCCAGGGCCCGUGCCGGUGUGUACCUGCACAGCGCGCCGGGCGAGGUGGCCUGA